AUGGUGAGCUUGCAAAGCUCAAGCUGGACUCAAGAAGAGAACAAAAAGUUUGAGCGAGCCCUAGCUAUCUACUCUGAUGACACGCCUGACCGCUGGUCCAAAGUUGCUUCUAUGAUCCCUGGCAAAACCAUCUCAGAUGUCAUGAGUCAAUACUCUAAGCUAGAAGAAGACCUCUUCGAUAUCGAAGCAGGACUUGUCCCCAUCCCCGGUUACCCUUCAGCUACUCCAUGUGGAUUAGAUCAGCUCGUGAGUCCUCGUGACUUUGAUUUGUAUCGUAAACAGCCUAGUGGAGUCAGAGGAUUUGAUCAAGAGCGCAGAAAAGGAGUUCCAUGGACAGAGGAAGAACACAGGAGAUUCUUGUUAGGGCUUCUCAAGUACGGGAAAGGCGAUUGGAGAAACAUAUCGAGGAACUUUGUGGGAUCGAAAACGCCGACCCAAGUGGCGAGCCAUGCCCAAAAAUACUACCAGAGACAGGUCUCCGGGGCCAAAGACAAACGCCGGCCUAGCAUUCACGAUAUCACCACCGUCAAUCUUCUCAAGACCAAUCUCAACCGUCCAUCGUCUGAUAGCGCCUUCUCUGUCUCUCAACCGGCUGGGCCAGAACUAGGGUUCACAGAUCGUGAUAAUGUGGAGGGAGUGAUGUUUCUUGGUCAGAAGCUUUCUUCGGCCUUGUCGCCCUACAAUUCUGCCUUUAACUUCACCGGAACAAAUGCUUACGGCGACGGAACUUACUGUAUCACAAGAUCCUGA